AUCGGUGGCAGUAAGCACACAAUGAAUGAUCACCUGCACGUCGGCAGCCACGGCCACGGACAGGUGCAGGUCCAGCAGCUGUUUGAGGACAACAGCAACAAGCGGACGGUGCUCACGACACAGCCGAAUGGGCUCACAGCAGUGGGCAAGCCAGGCCUGCCGGCGGUGCCCGAGCGGCAGCUAGAGAGCAUUCACAGGCGGCAGGGCAGCUCGGCCUCGCUCAAGUCCAUGGAGGGCACGGGGAAGGUGAAGGCCACACCCAUGACGCCUGAACAAGCGAUGAAGCAAUACAUGCAAAAACUGACAGCCUUCGAGCACCAUGAGAUUUUCAGCUACCCUGAAAUAUACUUCCUGGGUCCAAAUGCAAAGAAGCGCCAGGGCAUGACAGGCGGGCCCAACAACGGCGGCUAUGACGACGAUCAGGGGUCUUACGUGCAGGUGCCCCAUGAUCACGUGGCUUACAGGUACGAGGUCCUCAAGGUCAUUGGGAAGGGGAGCUUCGGGCAGGUGGUCAAGGCCUACGACCACAAAGUCCACCAGCACGUGGCCCUGAAGAUGGUGCGGAACGAGAAGCGCUUCCACCGGCAGGCGGCGGAGGAGAUCCGGAUCCUGGAGCACCUGCGGAAGCAGGACAAGGACAACGCCAUGAACGUCAUCCACAUGCUGGAGAACUUCACCUUCCGCAACCACAUCUGCAUGACGUUCGAGCUGCUGAGCAUGAACCUGUACGAGCUCAUCAAGAAGAACAAGUUCCAGGGCUUCAGCCUGCCGUUGGUCCGCAAGUUCGCUCACUCGAUUCUGCAGUGCUUGGAUGCUUUGCACAAAAACAGAAUAAUUCACUGUGACCUUAAGCCCGAGAACAUUUUGCUAAAGCAGCAGGGUAGGAGCAGUAUUAAAGUGAUCGAUUUCGGCUCCAGCUGUUACGAGCACCAGCGUGUCUACACGUACAUCCAGUCUCGCUUUUACCGUGCUCCGGAGGUGAUUCUCGGGGCCAGGUACGGCAUGCCCAUUGACAUGUGGAGCCUGGGCUGCAUCUUGGCGGAGCUCCUCACGGGUUACCCGCUCUUGCCCGGGGAGGAUGAAGGGGACCAGCUGGCCUGUAUGAUUGAGCUGUUGGGCAUGCCUUCCCAGAAACUGCUGGAUGCUUCCAAACGAGCCAAAAAUUUUGUGAGCUCCAAGGGUUACCCCCGCUACUGCACUGUCACCACGCUUCCAGACGGCUCCGUGGUCCUCAACGGGGGCCGGUCCCGGAGGGGGAAACUGAGGGGUCCGCCAGAGAGCAGAGAGUGGGGGAAUGCACUGAAGGGGUGUGACGAUCCCUUGUUCCUUGACUUCUUGAAACAGUGUUUAGAAUGGGAUCCUGCAAUUCGCAUGACCCCCGGCCAGGCUUUGCGGCACCCCUGGCUGAGGAGGCGCUUGCCGAAGCCGCCUACCGGGGAGAAGACGUCAGUGAAAAGGAUAACCGAAAGCACUGGUGCUAUCACAUCGAUUUCCAAGUUACCUCCACCUUCCAGCUCAGCUUCCAAACUGAGGACUAAUUUGGCACAAAUGACAGAUGCCAAUGGGAAUAUUCAGCAGAGGACAGUGUUGCCAAAACUGGUUAGCUGAGCUCAAGUCCCCUGAUGCUGGUAAUCUGAAAGAUGCGACAUAGCUGAGCCUUACCGGGUUGAAAGGAGUAGCUCAAACCUGUUUUUAUUUGCUUAAUAACUCAUUUGUAUCUUUUCAGCACUUAAUUUUAAUGUAAGAAAGUUUUCGUUUCAUUUUUAUAAAAUACAUGGGGACAGUGCUUUAAGUUUUUAUA